AUGUUCUCGAAGGCUAGUGUUCUCUCUUCUCUUUUUGCGGCAGGUGUGUCCGCCCAGCAGGUCGGCACCCUGACCACAGAGACUCACCCUUCUCUGCCAAUUCAGUCUUGCUCGGCCUCUGGAUCCUGCUCGACCAUCUCGACCUCGGUCACUCUCGAUGCUAACUGGCGUUGGUUGCACUCCACGAAGAGCGCGGACAAUUGCUACAAUGGCAACGCCUGGAAUACAACCUUCUGCCCUGACAACGUGUCCUGUGCCGCAAACUGCGCUCUCGAUGGUGCCGACUACACUAGCACAUAUGGUGUCACUGCUGCGAGCAGUGCUCUUACGCUCAAGUUCGUGACUCAGGGCACGUACAGCACGAACAUCGGUUCCAGACUCUACUUGAUGGCCUCGGACUCCAAGUACUACAUGUUCAAGCUUCUCAACAAGGAGUUCACCUUUGACGUCGAUGUGUCGCAGCUGCCAUGCGGUUUGAACGGUGCUUUGUAUCUGGUUGAGAUGGACGAAGAUGGUGGUCUUGCCAAGUACACUGGCAACAAGGCCGGCGCAAAGUACGGUACGGGAUACUGCGACACGCAGUGCCCUCACGACAUCAAGUUCAUCGCUGGUGAGGCGAACUCUGAAGGCUGGACCCCUAGCGACAACGAUGUCAACGCCGGUGCCGGUACAUACGGAGCUUGCUGCAACGAGAUGGACAUCUGGGAGGCCAACUCGAUCUCCGCUGCCUACACUCCCCACGUCUGCAGCAAUAACGGCCUUCUCCGCUGCUCUGGUACCGAGUGCGGUGAUGGCGACGAACGCUACAGCGGUGUUUGCGACAAGGACGGCUGCGACUUCAACAGCUACCGCCAGGGCAAUACCUCCUUCUACGGCCCCGGUAUGACUGUCGACACCAAGUCCAAGUUCACUGUCGUCACCCAGUUCGUCACCAGCGACGGCACCGACACCGGCAAGCUCACCGAGAUCCGCCGCAAGUACGUCCAGAACGGCAAGGUCAUCGACAACAGCGUUAGCAAGAUCUCCGGAGUCACCGGAAACAGCAUCACAGACUCGUACUGCAACGCCCAGAAGACCGCCUUCGGUGACAACAACAGCUUCGAGGAGCUCGGUGGACUCAAUGCUAUGGGCGGUGCUAUCGGCCGCGGCAUGGUUCUCGCCCUCUCUGUCUGGGAUGACCACGCCGUUAAUAUGCUCUGGCUCGAUUCCACCUACCCUACCGACAAGAGCGCCUCUACUCCUGGUGUUGCCCGCGGUACCUGCGCUAUCACCUCUGGUGUCCCUGCAGACGUCGAGAAGAACAGCCCCAACUCCCAGGUCAUCUACAGCAACAUCAAGAUUGGUGCUAUUGGAUCGACCUUCGGCUCUGGCUCUGGUACCACUCCAUCUGGCACCUCUAGCGCUGCUGCUUCUUCUACUCCUACUUCUGGUACUGGUACUGGUGCGCCGCUGUACGGACAGUGCGGUGGUUCGGGCUGGACCGGCGCGACGACCUGCGUGUCCGGCACCUGCAAGUCGCAGAGCCAGUGGUACUCUCAGUGUCUCCCGUAG